CCAUCAAACGAAGAAGAAGAAGCUGUCACAUUGACAAGCAUGGCGGCGUCCGCCAGUUCCGCAGAGGCUGCGCUCGCCGGUUCUAAAAGUUCUAUUUCAGCUGGCCAAAGCGUGGGAAACACCCCGAUUCAGUACAGUAUGAUUCUGGAUCAUCUUAUUGGGGAUAAGAGGACGGUGAAGGACAUGAACCCCGGCAUCAUGGGGGGACUUCCGGUGCCUUUUAAAAGUGAAGAGCAGAAGAGGAUAGAGAGGGCAAUGGAGAGCUGCGCUUUUAAAUCUAUUUUGGCCUGCGUAGGAGGGUUUGUUCUCGGUGGAGCGUUUGGUGUUUUCACAGCAGGCAUCGACACCAACGUUGGUUUUGAUCCCAAAGACCCUGCGAGAACGCCGACAGCUCGAGAAGUCCUCAGAGACAUGGGCCAACGGGGCAUGUCCUACGCUAAGAAUUUUGCUAUUGUGGGCGCCAUGUUCUCCUGUACGGAGUGCAUCAUCGAAUCGCACAGAGGAAAGUCUGACUGGAAGAAUGCAGUGUACAGUGGCUGUAUAACUGGAGGAGCAAUUGGCUUUCGUGCUGGUCUUAAGGCUGGUGUCCUAGGAUGUGGAGGAUUUGCUGCUUUUUCUGCUGCCAUUGAAUAUUACCUGCGAUGAACCAUGAAAGACUGUGUAGUACCAGUUUGUCUCUUUGGACGUCUGGAAGUUCAACUAUGACAAAUGCGAUGAAAGAAGUCCAACUUUUUGGCCUGAAAGUGGAGAACUGCUGUAGAAGCAGAUGAGAUGAUUUGCAACAUUUCCAAAGUUGGACAAUAGUGUUAAAGGGGGACUAAAGCCUUGUUUUUUUUAUGUUUAGCAGAGUUAUCCUGUGGCAAUAGUAAAAAGGGUCUGGAAAAACACUUUACACCCCUCAUACUUCUUUUCAUUGAGCUUUGUCAUUUAAAAGUAACCAUUUUAUUUUGUUUCUGUGUGCAAAACAUUCUCAAUCAGUGUAAAUAAGAGAUUGCUAGUGUCCUUUUUAAAUUGUCCUGUAUUAUGAAACUUGUAUUAAACAUUACAUUCAUGUGUUGUUAAAUUGAA